AUGCACAGCUACUGCUGUCGUGGGCUUUUCCUUGGAGCCAGCUGGCCAGAGGUUCAUCAGUCAACCAUUGGUGAAAUGUUGCUCCGCUCAUCAAUGGUUGAUGGUCACUUGUCCGGAAAACCUGUCGUGAUGAAUUCGCCUGACCAGUGAAACUGAGCCAAGUCAUCCAUCCAUGUGUUGGUAAAAUCGUCUCCACUACGGGGAGUCACCGAUGAUGUACGGUAGUACUGGAGUAGAGCUAUCGGAAGUAUACGGGUUUUCCUUGUGUAUGGUUGUUCAGGGUUGAGAUGAAAUCGUCAGGAAGGCGUAAAAAGGCUGCGCGGGAUGUUGCGAACGUGUUUGCGAUGAGGUAAGAGGCCGGUCGCCCCGGUGUUCUAUAUGGUAGCCUCGUAACCUUCUUGAGGUCAGGUCAGGGGUUCGAAUCCCGGCAUAGGCGAGCUUUUCUUGCAAGGUGAGUUUUUCUCUCGCUUCCGCUCCUGGCCAAGUGGAUAGCGCUAGUUCGUGUGUACACAGAGGGAAGAGAGUGCUGAACUCUUCUCGCAUUCAAAAUUGAAGGCGAAGUACCGCAGGAGGGGAGGGUAGAGAGAGGGUCUUCUGUGUGACCACGGGUUGGAAUAAACGGCACUAGUGCUGUGAGCGCUGAUUUGAAGUGA